CAUAGGCACGUGAUGGGCCUCCACACAUGACAUACCCCACACCCCACAUUCUGUGGCUCGUACAGUGGUACGGUGUACGCGGUGACAUUCCCAGGCAUUCAUCGCCGUAUCACGGUUCUCCCGCCCACCGCCUCGCCUCCUCCCCCCACAGCUGCCGCAGAGUAUACAUAGCCUCUUUCAUCUCUCAGCAACCUCCUGUCUCCUCUCUCAGCUCUUCCCACCCCAACCUACCUUCACCAUGACGCACACCGAAGUCGACGUCCCCUCCCUCGGCAAGGUCUCACUCCCCACCGGCCUCUUCAUCAACAACGAGUGGGUCGCCCCAAAGUCCGGCGAGACCUUUGACACUGUCAACCCUGCCACUGGCGAAAAGCUCGUCGCCGUCGCCCACGCCGGCAAGGAGGACGUCGAUGCGGCCGUCGCAGCUGCCCGCAAGGCCUUCAAGACCACCUGGGGCCGCAAGGUCGCUGCCGCUGAGCGCGGGACGCUCCUGAACAAGCUCGCCGAUCUCCUCGAGCGUGACGCCGCCAAGGUCGCCGCCGUCGAGUCGCUCAACUCGGGCAAGGGUGUGCGUAUCGCGCGCGAGGGCGAUGUUGCCGACUCGGUCGCCUGUCUCCGCUACUACGCGGGUCUCGCCGACAAGAUCUUUGGCCAGACAAUCGACCAGUUUGGUGACGAGAAGCUCUGCUACACCCUCCACCAGCCCAUUGGUGUCUGUGGCCAGAUCAUUCCCUGGAACUACCCCCUCCUCAUGUGGGCGUGGAAGGUCGGCCCCGCCCUCGCUGCGGGCUGCUGUGUAGUCAUGAAGCCGUCGGAGCUCACCCCUCUUACGGCGCUCAUGCUCUGUGACCUCGCCAAGGAGGCGGGCAUCCCCGCCGGUGUGAUCAACACUGUGCCUGGCCUGGGUGCGACGACCGGUGAGGCAAUUGCGCGCCACCACGACAUCGACAAGGUCGCAUUCACGGGCUCCGUGGUUACCGGUCGCAAGAUCUCGGUCGCCGCGGCCGAGUCCAACCUCAAGAAGGUGACUCUCGAACUCGGCGGCAAGUCACCGCUGAUCAUCUUCGACUCUGCCGACCUAGAGGAGGCCGCGAACUGGACGUCGCUCGGCAUUUGGUUCAACUCGGGACAGGACUGCUGCGCGUCCUCGCGCAUCUACGUGCAGGAGAGUGUGUACGACAAGUUCCUGGAGGUUCUGAAGCGGCGCGCAGAGGCUGCGGCGAUCGGGCAGCCGAGCGACGAAAAAACGUCGUUCGGGCCGCUCAUUUCCGCGGGCCAGCGCGACAAGGUCCUCAACUACAUCGACAGUGGGCGGUCGCAGGGCGCCCGCAUUGUCACGGGUGGCCAGAAGUGGCCCCAGUCCGGCGGCGGCUUCUGGAUCGAGCCAACGAUCAUCGCCGACGUCAAGCCCGACAUGAAGGUGGUGCAGGAGGAGAUCUUCGGCCCCGUCAUCGUCGCCGCCAAGUUCAAGACGGAGGAGGAGGCGCUCGAGCUGGCCAACAACACGACGUACGGUCUGGCCGCGGGUGUGUUCACCAACGACGCGAAGCAGAUGACUCGCGUGUCCGGCGCCCUCGAUGCCGGCACUGUCUGGUGCAACCAGUACGGCCUGCUGCAUGCUGGCGUGCCUUUCGGUGGAUUCAAGCAGUCGGGUAUUGGUCGCGAGCUGGGAACCUACGGAAUCGAGGCGUACACUCAGGUCAAGGCGGUGCACCAGAACCUGUCGCAGGCGAUCGAGUGGCCUCUGUAGACGGAAGAGCGUUGACUUUGCUUUGGGAUUGCAGUCUAUGUAAUAUAGUCAGGUGCACGAUGGCAAGGGGAGGGUGUCGCAGGAAACUCACGGACUAACGGAUGAGCUCGGUAGUCUGGCGGCGGGAACUUCGGUGACGGGCGGAAAUAGCUUCAUCG